AUGGAUGAUAAAGACACCUCUUUUUUUUUUCGUUUUCUCUCUUCCUCUCUUUCGUUUUCUUCCUUUUUCUUUCGCUUUCUUUCUUCCUUACAUUUCCUUCCUUCUGUCCUUCCUUCCUUCCUUCCUUCCUUCCUUCCUUCCUGUCCUUCCUUCCUACCUCCCGUCCAUCCAUCCUUCCUCCCGUCCUUCCUUCCUCUCGUUCUCCCGUCCUUCCUUCCUCCCGACCUCCCGUCCAUCCAUCCUUCCUUCCUUCCUUUCUUCCUUCCUUCCUUCCGUCCUUCCUUCCUUCCUUUUGUCCUUCCUUCCGUCCUACCGUCCUUCCUCUCGCCCUUCCUUCCUCCCUCCCGUCCUUCCUUCCGUCCUUCCUUCCGUCCUUCCUCCCGUCCUUCCUUCCUUUAUUCCUUCUGUCCUUCCUUCCUACCGUCCUUCCUUUCUUCCUUCCUCCUGUCCUUCCUUCCUUCCCCCCGUCCUUCCUUCCUACCGUUCUCCCUUCCUUCCAUACAUCCUUCCUCCUGUCCUUCCUUCCUACCUCCCGUCCUUCCUUCCUUCAUUACUUCCGUCCUCCGUCCUUUCUUCCUUCCUUCUGUCUUUCCUUCCUUCAUGUCGUCCUUCCUUCCGUCCUCCCGUCCUUCCUUCCUUCCUUCAUUACUUCCUUCCUUCCUUCCGUCCUUCCUCCCGUCCUUCCUUCCUUCAUUCCUUCUGUCCUUCCUUCCUACCGUCCUUCCUUUCUUCCUUCCUCCUGUCCUUCCUUCCUUCCCCCGUCCUUCCUUCCUCCCCGUCCUCCCUUCCCUUCCAUACUUCCUUCCUCCCGUCCUUCCUUCCUUCCUUCCUUCCUUCCUUCAUUCCUUCCUUCCUUCCUUCCUUCCUUCCUCCUGUCCUUCCUUCCUUCAUUACUUCCGUCCUUCCUCCCGUCCUUCCUUCCUUCAUUCCUUCCUUCCUUCCGUCCUCCCGUCCUUCCUUCUUUCCUUCCGUCCUUCCUUCCUUCCGUCCUUCCCUCCUUUUUUCCUUCUUUCCUUCCUAUAG